CCUAUCUUGGCUUAAGUACAACUUGAAGGUUCUAGGUAGCCUUGCACCAAUGGCAACAACAUUGAUAUCCUCAAUCAUCUUCUCUGCCAGUUUAUUCGUGAUCUUUUCCAUGGCAAUCACUGCUAAAGCAAACGACUCUGGCAGUGGAAGGGCCAAGGUGACCAAUCUCAUGCUAGAAGCAUGCAAGAAUGCAUCAGGCUACAGUCGCGAUUUCGAACUCCAUGUCACACAGGAAUUUUGCUUGUCGACCCUGCAAUCGAGCAAUCGGAGUGUUGAUGCUAGGGACCACCUUGACCUAGUGCUCAUCGCCAUUGAUAUCCUUAAAGACCGCCUCAAUACUGCUAAUCACAAUGUUGAGAAAAUGCUACAAAAUGCAAAGAAAGGUACAGUGAAAAUCCGUGACCUCUAUUUAUGCAAGGUUUACUAUGAUACCACAACGAGAAUCAUCAACAUAUGUGAUUCCAUGUUCACGGACUAUCGCGGAGACAAGGGCGAGCUACAGCCCUUUGAGCUUCUUCGUUGGGUUGAUAGAGUGGGUUUCCCCAUCGAUGGGUGCAUGUCCAAUCUGAGCAUAGAGAAGCCAAGGGCAGAUUCACUUAUCAAUGAAAAUUUUGAGAUGGCCAUGCUGGUCAACCUUGGCUAUGCCUUGCUAGCACCCUAUGAUGAUAGUUAUUAAU